CUGCCAAUAGACCAGUGCUGCGAGGCAAGGUUAUUCCUAAAUGAGCAGAGCCUGCCAGGAAGAAAGCGUUUGCACCCCACACCACUGUGCAGGUGUGGUGAGCUCACAGCUGCCCCCCAGGCAUGCCCAGCCCACUUAAUCAUUCACAUCUCAACAGCUUCUGGCCCAUCCCAGUUCUAGAGGGGAUAAAAGGGGCUGGCAAUUCCAGGUAACAGAGCCACUGCUGCCUGCUCCUGAGCUCUGUUCUUGCCAGUCCUUCCCAGCCCCUCCAGUGUCCAGUUCUCUUGCUCCACCAGGAACAAGUCAGCAUGUCUCGCCAAUCAAGCGUGUCCUUUAGAAGCGGGGGCAGCCGCAGCUUCAGUGCUGCAUCGGCCAUUACUCCUUCUGUCUCUCGGACCAGCUUCACCUCCGUGUCCCGGUCGGCUGGUGGUGGUGGUGGUGGCUUUGGCAGGAUCAGCCUUGGCGGGGCUGGUGGAGCCGGAGGUUAUGGCAGCCGGAGCCUCUACAAUGUGGGGGGCUCCAAGAGGAUCUCCAUCAGCACGAGUGGCGGCAGCUUCAGGAACCGAUUUGGUGCAGGUGCUGGAGGUGGCUAUGGCUUCGGAGGCGGAGCCGGGAGCGGAUUUGGUUUGGGUGGUGGAGCUGGUGGUGGCUUCGGGCUUGGUGGUGGAGCUGGCUUUGGUGGCGGAGCUGGCUUUGGAGGGGGCUUUGGUGGCCCUGGCUUCCCUGUCUGCCCUCCUGGGGGCAUCCAAGAGGUCACCGUCAACCAGAGCCUCCUAACUCCCCUCAAUCUACAAAUCGACCCCACCAUCCAGCGGGUGAAGACUGAGGAGAGGGAACAGAUCAAGACCCUUAACAACAAGUUUGCCUCCUUCAUUGACAAGGUGCGGUUCCUGGAGCAGCAGAACAAGGUCCUGGAUACCAAAUGGACCCUGCUCCAGGAGCAGGGCAACAAGACGGUGAGGCAGAACCUCGAGCCCUUGUUCGAGCAGUACAUUAACAACCUCAGGAGGCAGCUGGACGGUAUCGUUGGGGAGAGAGGCCGCCUGGACUCAGAGCUGAGGAACAUGCAGGACCUGGUGGAGGACUUCAAGAACAAGUAUGAAGAUGAGAUCAACAAGCGUACUACUGCUGAGAAUGAGUUUGUGAUGCUGAAGAAGGAUGUAGAUGCUGCCUACAUGAGUAAGGUGGAGCUGGAAGCCAAGGUUGAUGCACUGAUGGAUGAGAUCGGCUUCUUAAAGGUCUUCUUUGAGGCGGAGCUGGCCCAGAUGCAAACUCAUGUCUCAGACACCUCUGUGGUGCUGUCCAUGGACAACAACCGCAACCUGGACCUGGACAGCAUCAUCUCCGAGGUCAAGGCUCAGUAUGAAGACAUUGCCAACCGCAGCCGGACGGAAGCUGAAUCCUGGUACCAGACCAAGUAUGAGGAGCUGCAACUGACAGCUGGCCGCCAUGGGGACGACCUCCGGAACACCAAGCAUGAAAUCUCUGAGAUGAACAGGAUGAUCCAGAGGCUCAGAUCUGAGAUCGACAAUGUCAAGAAGCAGUGCGCCAACCUGCAGAGCGCCAUCGCUGAUGCUGAGCAGCGCGGUGAGCUGGCCCUCAAGGAUGCCAGGAACAAGCUGGCCGAGCUGGAGGACGCCCUGCAGAAGGCCAAGCAGGACAUGGCCCGGCUGCUGCGCGAGUACCAGGAGCUGAUGAACGUCAAGCUGUCCCUGGACGUGGAGAUCGCCACCUACAGGAAGCUGCUGGAGGGCGAGGAGUGCAGACUGAGUGGAGAAGGAGUUGGACCCGUUAAUAUCUCUGUCGUCACCAACAGCGUCUCCUCCUCCUAUGGUGGUGGCAGUGGCUACGGUGGUGGCUAUGGUGGUGGCAUCGGUGGUGGCCUUGGCAGCGGUCUUGGCGGAGGUGGCAGCGGAAGCUACUACUCCAGCAGCAGCGGAGGCGGAGGCCUAGGCGGUGGGCUCAGCGUGGGGGGCUCUGGGUUCAGUGGAGGCAGUGGCCGAAACAUGGGGUUAAGCUUUGGUACUGGAGGAGGCAGUAGCUCCAGUGUCAAAUUUGUCUCCACCACCUCUUCUUCCCGGAAGAGCUUCAAGAGCUAA